AUGAGCCACCAUAGUGGCGGGCGUCCGUCCUCGGAUCAUGCACAGCCUCUGGAUUACCCCUCAUCCCACUCGCCGCCGGGCUCGUCCGGAGCAGCCACGCCGACAUCGACAUCAGGCGGCUCUUCGUCCUUCCUCUCUAACUCCUUCUACAACGCCUUUGGCGGUAUCAUCCGCCGUUUGUCAUCUGAUCCGGCCGGCCAUCUGCAAACACACGCGGCGGAUGGUAGCCGGCCCAUCGACCAUGCGGCCACCUUCCCCGCACCCAGCCCACAUCAGGACCUCGGCCGUGGUGGCAGCCAAUUCCCGCACUCACCAACAUCCUUCUCCUUCGGUUCUAAUAAUAAUGGAAUUGACGGUGUCUAUACACCGCCGAUCGCCCGUUCUGCGUCGCCCCUUCGGCCGCCGCCACUUGAGCCGUUGGUCCUGAAAGGCUUCUCGUCAGAUACGCCAGAGUCCGCACGCUUGUUGACGCCCUCAAUUGCCGAGGAAAUUCGCAUCAUGGUGCCCGAGCGCCUACGCAUAGAGGAAAACUGGAAACUUGUUUACAGCUUAGACCAGGAUGGUGCCAGCCUCGCAACUCUAUACGAUAAGACCUACAGACACGAUGAACACCGUAUUGGCUUCGUGCUGGUCGUCAAAGACCAAGAAGGAGGUAUAUUUGGAGCCUAUCUGACGGAGCGCCCGCAUCCUUCACCCCACUACUUCGGUACGGGCGAAUGUUUCCUGUGGAGGGCGUCACUUCUGAGCCCGUUACCGCCUCCGCCGUCCGCCGACACUUCGAACCUCACAACACGAAGCACGACUAUUGCGGCCUCACCACCACAAUCCACGGUUGGAACUGCAGGCCAGUUAUCCAGCCUGGACCUCCUCGCACCGGAAAUAUCGACACAGCCACCGCCAUCACCGUCAUCCAUGCACCCACCUCCCAGCCCUUCCAUCCGCUUCAGUGCAUUUCCCUACAGUGGCGUCAAUGAGUAUUUCAUCUAUUGCGAGUCACAUAGUUUGAGCGUUGGUGGCGGAGAUGGAAAAUAUGGACUGUGGCUCAACGACAGUCUAGAUAAGGGCAUAAGUGCGACCUGUCUGACCUUUGGAAACCAGCCGCUGAGCGACGAAGGUGAAAAGUUCGGCGUCCUGGGCGUUGAAGUGUGGGUGAUAGGAUCUCGGAGGUGA